UGCUUCUUCUACUUUCAUCCACCUCUCACUUUCUCUCUCUCUCCCUCUCUGGUUUUCUCGUUCUUUCAUUCUCAUUCUCCUCUUCCAAGAACCUUCUCUCUCUCUCCCUGUGAUGACUGCUUUCUCUGCCAUGGAUUCUUCUUCCUCUCUAUCAUUUCUUGUGAAUAGAUAAUCUCCAAUUUCUUCUUCUCCUCUUUGAUUUUUGAUAGGGGAUAGAAUUUUGAGUAUACCCAGAAUUCAUUGUAGUUAAGGGUAUUGAAAAGGUGGAUUCUUGAGAGAGAGAGAAAGUAGAAUCAAUCAUGAGGCCGGCUCAACCGCAAGCGCAGGCGGAGCGCAGCCGCCAGCGGCGGAGACCCGACUUGACACUGCCGCUUCCGCAGAGAGACCCGAAAUUAGCCGUCCCUCUUCCGCUGCCGCCGAGCUCGGCGCCGUCGUCGACCUCCUCGGCGGCGACUUUUGCCUGUCCGCCGACGCCGCUCAAGUUCUCGGAGAUGGAGCGCAUCAACCGCAUCGGAAGUGGGAGCGGCGGCACGGUGUACAAGGUGCUCCACCGCCCCAGCGGGCGGCUGUAUGCUCUGAAGGUGAUCCACGGCCACCACGAGGACUCCGUCCGGCUGCAGAUGUGCCGGGAGAUCGAGAUCCUCCGUGACGUCAGCAAUCCGAACAUCGUGAAAUGCCACGACAUGUCCGAUCACAACGGCGAAAUCCAAGUUCUGUUGGAGUUCAUGGACAAGGGCUCCCUGGAAGGGACCCACAUCGCCCACGAACCCUCCUUAGCGGAUCUCACCCGCCAGAUUCUCUCCGGCCUCUAUUAUCUCCACCGCCGCAAGAUUGUUCACCGUGAUAUCAAGCCCUCCAAUCUUCUCAUCAAUUCUCAGCGUAUGGUGAAGAUAGCCGAUUUCGGGGUUUCUAGAAUCCUCGCCGCCACCAUGGAUUGCAACUCCUCCGUGGGCACGAUUGCCUACAUGAGCCCCGAGAGGAUCAACUCCGAUCUGAAUCACGGCCAGUACAAUGGCUACGCCGGCGAUAUAUGGAGCCUAGGGGUCAGCAUCCUGGAAUUUUAUCUCGGAAGGUUUCCGUUCAACGGCGGCAGGCAAGGCGAUUGGGCUACUCUCAUGUGCGCCAUUUGUAUGUCCGACCCGCCGGAGGCGCCGCCCACGGCCUCAAGGGACUUCAGGAACUUCAUCGCCUGCUGUUUGCAGAGGGAUCCUGCGCGGCGGUGGACGGCGGCGCAACUGCUCCGCCACCCUUUCAUCCUGCAGCACUGCCCCGGCGGCGGCAACAAUCUCGCCAUCCCCACCCAGGUUCCUCAGCCAUCAUACCAAUUGCUUCCUCCUCCACGCCCGCAUUUUUCUUCUUGAUCUUUAGGAUUUCGAAAUUUUCCACUUUGUCUUUUCAAUAUUUCUGGGUUUAUUUCUGUACUAUAUAAUUUUUAUGGAAUUGAUUAUUACGCCAUGUGAUAUUCUGCUCA